GUGAAUCAAGAUGCGGUGGUCAAGAGCACUUUUAUAUGGAAACUAAUGUUGCAUUGGUAAUUCCAAAAAAUGAAGAUAAUGAAUUCGAAAUUCAUACAUCUACUCAAAAUCUUAAUGCAACUCAAGAAAAAGUUGCUGGAGUAUUAGGUAUCGCAGCUAAUAAAAUCGUAUGUCGAGCAAAAAGGGUAGGCGGAAGUUUUGGUGGAAAAGAGACAAGAAGUAUUAUUUUACCAAUGGCAUUAUCUGUUGGUGCAUGGCAUCUCAAAAAACCUAUUAGAUGUAUGUUAGAACGUAUUGAAGAUAUUAUUAUGACUGGACAGAGACAUCCUUUCUUGGGCAAGUGGAAAGUUGGUGUAACUAAAGAUGGAAAAAUUUUAGCGUUGGAUGCAAAGUUUUAUAAUAAUGGUGGUUGGUCAUCAGAUGUUUCUGUAUUUGUAAUUCAAAUGGGUAUAUUUAAUUGUGACAGUUGCUAUUAUAUUCCGAACGUACAACUUACCGGAUAUUCUUGCAAGACCAACAUUCACUCCAAUACUGCAUUUAGAGGAUUUGGACAACCUCAGGGAGUGUUUAUUACUGAAUGUAUGAUAACUGAAGUUGCAGAGCGUAUGGGUAUAGACGUUAAUGAAUUUAGGGAAAAGAACCUUUACAUUGAAGGUCAAAAAACUCCUUAUAACCAAACGUUAACAGAUUGGUAUUUACCUUCGGUUUAUCAGCAAGUUAAAGAUACUAGUGAAUUUGAAAAACGAAGAAAAGAAAUCGACGAAUUUAACUCUAAUAAUAAAUGGCGUAAAAGAGGCAUGGCACUUGUACCAAUUAAAUUUGGAAUUUCUUUUCCUGUACCGUAUUUAAAUCAAGCUGGAGCUUUA